CCGCUGCGCCGCCCGCCCGCCCGCGGCCCGGGCCUUCUGCUGCCGCUGGUGCUGUCGUGGCUCGGGGGAACACGGGCUCAGGGCGUGUGUACGCCUCCAGAUAGGCUGCAAUAUGCAGAGCUCAAUGAGACUUUCAGCACAAUGAAGAGCUUUCCUGUUGGAACCGUGGUGUCGUACAUCUGCCGGCCGGGGUAUAUAGAAAUCCUCGGAAAACCAUCAACUCGUAGAUGUCUUGAAGACUCACAGUGGUCACCCAUAGAGCAGUUCUGUACAGAGAGAAAAUGUAAACAUCCAGGAAAAUUAGAACAUGGUUUUACUAAUGUGACAGAUCUUACAUUUGGUUCAAAAGCUACUUUUUCUUGUGAAGGAGGAUUCAGAUUACGUGGAACUAAUGAAAUUUCCUGUGUAAUUAAGGAUAAAGUUGUUAACUGGAAUAGAGAUCUUCCUUUCUGUGAAAGAAUUCCUUGUGAACCACCUCCAGACAUAGCCAAUGGGCGCUACACUGCAGCAGCUGACUAUGUUUAUCAAACAUCAGUAACCUAUACAUGUGAUGAGGUACCAAAAGGCGCGGAUCCCUUCUCACUUAUUGGCCCACCUACUAUUUUCUGCACGUAUGAUGCGCACUUAAAUGGAGUUUGGAGUGAACCACCUCCACAAUGUAGAGUGGUCAAAUGUGAUAACCCGAAGGUUGAAAAUGGAAGAAAAAUAUCUGGAUUUGGAUCUUCCUAUAGCUAUAGGGACUCAGUCGUGUUUGAGUGUGAUCCAGGCUAUUUCAUGAUCGGACCGGAGGUAAUUACCUGUGGAGAAAAUAACACCUGGUCUCCUCCAAAACCAACUUGUGAAAAAAUCACUGAAGGUGUAUGUCAUGCCCCAAAGAUCACACAUGGAGUAGUGAUUCCAGAGAAAGCUAUCUAUGAAGAAGGAGAGUCUGUUCAGAUAAAGUGCAGUGCUUACUAUACUUUUCCUGAUGGCGCUGCAGAGGUGACAGUAACUUGUCAAGGACAGGAGACAUGGAGUUCUUUACAAAACUCUGCAUGUGAGCCUGAAAGUUCUGCUUCCACUCCAGACAUAAGUUACGGUAGAGUAAUUGAUGGACAAAAACCUUCGUAUUCUGUCGGGGAUUUUAUUACGAUUGAAUGUUAUGCAGGCUACACGUUACAUGGUGAAGCUCGUAUUCAGUAUAUUGGAGAAAACCAAUGGAUUCCUGGAGUGCCAGCUUGCCAGUUAAGUCCGUAUAUUACGGCCAUCAUCUGUGUGAUUGUGGCAAUUGUGGUGUUCCUGGCAGCCUUCUGGGUCUAUAAGAAAUUCUUUUCACAAAAUGGGAAACGUGACAGCACUCCAUGUACUGCCGAAUAUAAGAUCUGUAAAGCAUGAAUGACCUUUUUUGGGGGUGGGAGGGAAUUUGCAGUUGAAUAUACCUAUCAGAAAUGGAAAAUGAUUGCACUUGCAUUGAAUUUCUGUAGAUUAAUAUCUUGUACUAUGUCUUAUACUACUGAUUAACUGUAGUAGGAGAUCAUUAAUAGGGUAAAAAGAAUAUAUAUAUCUGCUUUUCCUUAUGGGCCACUCAUACUGUCUUUUCUGUGUAUGUGAAAUCAUCUUAAAGGCACAUACCUGUAGCAUGCAAGAGUGUCUGUGUCGGCGGGAGUACUGGACGUAUCACUGUCAUAGUACCAGCUGCUGCUGCCUGCUGCCUUCAGUGCUACCUCUUUUCUUACAGAAGACUAUCCAAUAUUAGUUCUGCUCACUAAAAUCCGAAUGUGCUUCUUGUUCAUUUUUGCAGUUGAGGCGGUAUAAAUGAUUAUGUUGUCUCUUGUAUUCUGAAAUGUUUUAUUACUAAUUUCCUGAAGAGAUUGGUGCCAUUUGAGACUAUGUCUUUUUGAAACUAUCACAGUUUAGAUCUUAUAUACGCUACCUCUUUGUUUGCCAAAGUUGGUUUCUGUAUAUCUAAUAAAUUAAAAUGUGCCUUUAAAUCAGAGUUUUAUAGCUUUUCCAUUGCCUUUAAGAAGGAGAAAAGCCAUAUAUGUUUCUGGCUCUUUGAUAUAGUCGCAGAAAGACUACAGUGGAUUUGUUGGAAUGGAAAACGGAAGGGUUCUAUAGCAAAGGUAUCCCCUGCCUUUGAAUUUGUUGGCCUAUUAACAGAAGGUACCUGAUUAAAGGAACUGCUGAGAGAUCAGUGGUAGCCAUCUCCUAUCAGGUGCACAGUGUAAGUUCCUUAGGAUGCUUGAUUUUUAUUGAGCCUUGAUGUCAGUUUCGGAGAUAAUUUUGUUGGUUUUCAGGAUAGAAGGGGUGCUCUGUGGAUCUAGCUUCCUUGCUUUUUUUACUUGAAAUCGUAUAUUCCACAUAUAGCAUUUCAAAUCUCUGCAUACAGACUAUGAUGCUAAAUCUAGCCCAGUAAUGCUAGAUUUAGCAUCAGAUACCUGUUGAGAAACAGAAGCCUUUCCCUGUCAGACUCCCUUCUCUUUUCAUGUUAAAGGAAGACCAAACCAGCUUAGUUGCGGGAGUGAAGGAAUGGGUAUGCUGGCAGUGGCGGUAGAUGUGGUUUCUCUUUAGGUAGCUGCUUGCUUCAUGAAGCGUUUUAGUCAAGACUGUGAUUCCAGGAGCUCCCAUCACAGCAUUUGCCAUGAAUUGAGGCUCAGAUGUACAUUGAUAGCUGUUACUUAAAAUGCAUACUUGCUACUUCUAAUUCCUUAUUAAAACCAAAAGUGUAAUUGACAGGUUUUGGCAUUGUGAAUCUCUGAGUUUGCUAGCAACAUACAGGCAGCUUGUAAGAACCAGUUUUCCCAGAAAAAACAAAUUGCCUCACUUCAGAUGGCUGAGGCAGCAUUUAAACUAUUCUUGCUUGUCUGUGGUAGAUUAGCACUGCUCUCCACUGUUGUGAACAGAUUGUUUGAAUAACAUAGAACUGUUUAGGGCUUUAUGGGGCUUUUUGGGACAAUCCCAGCAGUUGUAUUUUCAGAGUUCAUAACAGUCUCUGGUUAUUAAAAAGGGGUUUUGGCUACACAGAAUGACUUGCUGUUCAUUGCCUAGCUGAUACCUAGUUUGAUGAUUGUUUGUAAACACUGUGAUAAUAUACUGGGAAUUGAGUGUGGUGGUCACUAGCUAGCUUGAUUAUGUAUGGCAUCUUCAAUGUUUUAAAAUAUGCUGAAAUGCACUUAAUGCUGAAGUGAAAUAACUGUAAAAAAUGGCCUUAUUUUUAUACUUUUUUCCAGCUGUAAAGACUAGUGAUGACUUGUAAUAUUACAAAUAAAAAUGUUAAAUUAUUUAGCAGUAA